GUACCCAUCUUUCCCAUUCCCAUUCCUCCCACCACCACCACCACCGCCGCCCCAAACAAAACACCACCAUCACCGUUUGCCCAGCAGAUUGUCAUCACUGCGAGGUGCAUCGUUACCCCUCGGGUCGCAAGGAAGCUAUCCCCAGCUCCUACUCCUUUCUCUCCCAAAUACACGACAUCCACGUCGCCGUAUCCACGAAAUCCCGCGACACCCGAUCAGCUGCGCGAUACGAAUCCGCGAACUGACACCACCCAGCUAAGGAGCGCAACUUGGUCUCUGGAAGCUUCUUGUCACACAUAA